GUGGAUUGUUUGUCGCCGCGGUCACGUGACACAGGUAAAAUAUGCAAAUAAACUCAGGUGUGCUUUGAACGCAGCGCCACCAAGGUAAACUAUCAACGACAUCCGCCAAAAUGGCGAAAUUAGAAUUCCUGGCAGUUUUGCUAGGAUUAUUCCUCUCUUUUCAAGAAGGUUCAGCCAUUCAGUGUUAUCAGUGUGAUAGCCAAGAGAAUUCUGACCUAUGCCCACAAGAAACCCCCUUUGACACCACCAUCAACGCCAUGGUAGAUUGUAACAGCUUUGAGGCCAACACACCGGGCCAGUUCUGUGUGAAAAUCUACCAAGAAAGCGCCGGCUAUGGUUCGUGGAUCAAGAUUACCCGUCGCUGUGCCUCGCAGACAGAUCAAGGUAUUGCCUGGGGUUGCCGGUGGUCCUGGGACAAUGUUGGCGUAUUCCGAAACACAUGCUACUGCCAGCACGACGCAUGUAACUCAGCGGGCAGCAUGUCGUUAAAUGUGAUGCUUGUGGCGCUGCUGGGCAGUGUCAGUAUUGCACUGAAGAAAUGGUUGUGAAGUCAUGUAAUGAUUGUGUGAGUGCUAUAUGAAUAUUGUGUGAGUGCUGUAUGAAUAUUGUGUGAGUGCGAUAUGAAUGUGACUUUUGAGUGAAUGUUUAGUGUUUAAGUAUUGGGACCAAUAAGAAAACUAGUGAAUGUUUACUGUUCUGUUUUGAUACUUAAUUUGCGUUACUGUACAAGUUUUGCAGAUUUUUGCUUGUAUUCAGUGUGUAGGAAUCAGACAUGAGAUACGAUUUGUAAACCAUAUCACUUUUCUCACUUAUAAGUUGGGAUAACCUAUGUUGCUUCUGAAGAGAAAAUGAUUUCAUAAACAUUUAUAAUUGUAAUUUUGUUGUCAUUUUGCAAGCAAAAUAUAGGUUAUCAAAGCCUUUAUGCCUAAAAAUCUAUCUUAAAGAUUGUAUACAUCCUUUGAAAAAUUAUUUUCUGAAAUGAAAUCCAUUUUAAUGGUAAUGUAUGUGAUAGUAUAACAGAGGCAUUUAAGUGAAGUUGUUACAAGAGAGUGUGUUGUUUGAAUAAAUAUUGAUUGAAUAUUUUUGUAACCUGUUUUUGUUUAUGAUGGUAUCACCACCAACAUAUCAAAUACAUAUCAAGACCUGUAAAUAAACUGUAGAAUAGGUGUAUAUAUGUACAUAACAUAUUCAUUAUGCACAUCAUUUUUUGUAUAAUCAAUCACAUUAUAUGAAUAUUCUUAUUGUUUUAAACAUUUCAUUAUUGUUCAAAAUUAAUAAGUACAUAUAUUUUUUUAAAGUAAAAUCUUUAUAAAAAAGCUUACACUACCAUUCCAUAAAUAUAGUGAAUUUAUCUUUUAAUAUACAAGGAUAUUUAAUUUUGAGCAUUGCAAAAAUUUAAUAAUGCAUAUCAUGGCCUUUAAAUGUUAGUUUGUUCGGUCCAUACUUUUAUAAAAUCGUCUUACAUUUAUGUCUAGAAAAACAGAUUGACAUUCCUAUUGUUUAAUGUAUAAUUUUUAAUGAAUUAAUUGUAUGUAUCCUAUCAUGUAUAUAUUGUCAUUAUUUUUAUAAGAAAUAACACUAAAUAAAUUUACAAUUGAAAUA